AUGGGUGUUCAAAAUCCAAAUAAUUGGCACUGGGUGGAUAAAAAUUGCAUUCAAUGGUCGAAAGACUAUUUCACUAAGAAACUUGUGGGUUUAAAGGCUACGGCGGACGGAACUACCGUCAAAGUGACGUCAUUAAGAUCAUUGACUGGGGAUGCAGAUGUCUGCCAAAGAAAGGGAAGAAUUAUAUCAAUUUUUGACCUGCAAAUGAAGUUGUCAUUUGAAAGUGAGACUGCCAAGGGCGUGAUUUCUAUUCCAGAAAUUGCUUUUGACACAGAGCCAGAAGACUAUCAAUUCAACUUAUCAUUCGAUAAGGAGGAUGAAAAGAUAAGACCAGUUUUAAGACGUAAUCUUAUUCCGCAGAUCAAAGAGGUUUUGAUAAAUUUCGGACCUACGUUGAUUCAAGUUCACGGUUCAGAUAUUCAAGAAGAUGCAUCCCAUGUCCAUUCAAAGUUUACCAAGGAAAACCAAAAGUUAAGCUACAUUAAACCUAAGGUCGUAGAGAGAACGGCAAUUAAUAAGUCGGUUGACACAAAAAAAGAACCUCAGAGUGAAAGCAUUUCUGACAUCAAAGAGGAAGACAAUGUUCCUAAAUACAAUGUGACAACCUUGGACUUUUCUUCAACAUUCAACACUACAGCAGAGCAAUUAUAUACAACGUUAAUACAACCUGAAAGGGUGGCCCUAUGGACUAGAUCCGAGCCUGAUGUGAACCCGGUUGAAGGCGGUAGAUUCCGUCUAUUCGGUAGGAAUAUCGAAGGAAAGUUUUUAAAGCUUAUUCCAAAUAAGUCGAUCGAGAUGUUAUGGAGAAUAAACGACUGGAAGGAGGGUCAUUAUACGAGAAUUAUUAUCACAUUAAAUCAGGGAGAAGGUGAAACUAAAAUGAACUUCCAUUUGGAGGGUGUUCCUAUUGGUGAGGAGGAAUUGGUGCAGCAGAACUUUGAGGAUAAGUACAUUAAGACCAUAAAAAUGACCUUUGGUUUUGGUGCUGUCUUGUAA